UAAUCAAUUAUUGAGUGCUCCCUAUUUAAGCCGCUAUUCGCUAUCCAUUGGUUCAGAAAUACCAAACAUCACGAACUAGCAAGAUGUUCAAGUUCCUCGCCAUCGUAGCUAUCAUUCCGGUUUUGGCCUUGGCCAACCCUACGCCAUUCCGUACUUGCCCCAAUGGAGCUGCCACGCCAACGACCUUCUCGGUAGGAGAUUGCACUGCACUCCCGUGUACUAUCGUUCGAGGUGAACCCCUGUCCGCGGCAGGUCUUGGUAUUACCAGCCCCGUUUCCACCUCUACCGUCGAGGCGUACAUUGAAGUCACUUUGGCUGGACUGGAUCUGGAAUUCCCGAUUCCCGAGGACCUGAAGGAUGCCUGCGCCAACGGAAUUACCUCGUGCCCACUGGUUGCUGGCCAAUCGUUCGAUUACCACUACCUGAAUGACGACAUGAACCUGCCCCUCGGUGGAAUCACCGUACAGAUUCGUGUUGGUCUACGCGACGGUGCAACCGAAAUCGCUUGUAUCGAAUUUGACGGAGCCAUCGUUUAAGGCCCACGUUUGCUCGUCUACUGUUGUUUGGUGUAUCGAGGGAGUGCGGGAUGUGAGAAUGAAUGCUGACGCAGUGUCUUCCUGUUUUUGGCAACAAGAGGAUAAAUGAUUAUUGCCGAAGUUGGAUAAAAUGUUUCUAAAAACAGGAGAACACAGUCUAAUUGCUGCUUUGAAAAUAAUAUCAUCCAAAGGUUCGCCAGAGCUGAAUAAUUAGAGAGCGUUACGAUUUUGUUUGAAUAAAUUUCUUGUUGAAGCAUUUUGAAAAGAA